AUGGAUGUUGCGGAAUGUGAGCAUGAUUUGGCACCAGCUUACAAGAAGUUACGUGAACUGUACGGUAAAUUUGAUGACGAAGUACUGAAGUGCCUGAAGGAUGUUGCGAAAGCUAUUGGCGGGCGACCAGAAGUGAAGCAGUGCAUGAAAGAAGUGAGCAAGCAACAGCUUGGCAAAACAAUACGUGAUGUUGAAGAUGAUAUUGCUCAGCGAAGUAAGCUGUGCGAACAGACAACAGUCAAAGAUACGUCUCAAGCAGAUAUCCCAGAGCAAGAGCAGAAUACCAUAGAUCGAUCGAAAAUACACGAUGCUGAAUCAAUCGACGAAAAGCCAAUCAGCAUUCGACAAAAUUUUGCUUCCCCUACUGUCAAUGGCGAUAAAAAAACCGACCAACAACGACCACUACAAAGUCCCGAGAGUAAGGAAUGGCCAGUAGAAAAAGAUCGCUUGCCAGCUGCAGACGUAAGGAAAGAUGAAAUAGUACUGAAGGUUGAAAUUGAGCGUGAAGAAAGCCUCUGUUCGGCAUAUGUGGAUUGCCAACGAAGCAUCGCAGAUUUUUCUGACGCUUGCGCUGUGGCUUCAGGGAAAAUCCAAAGUGGAAAGCAAUAUGUCAAGAUUAUUCGCCGUUUUAUCGACUUGCUGAUCCGGUGGAUGAUCUGGAUCAAAACUGCCGCCAGCAGGAGAAUGGACGUCAAAUAG